AGCAAUUCAGCUUCGAUUCGUUCGUAUAUAAGUUGCAAAAAUUUGGUAGAUCAAAUCAGAAUCAGUUCAAAUCUUUCAUUGAGCAGUUUACCCAACUUCCAAUCCACACAAAAUCAACAUGAAGUUCGCCCUUGCUGUCGUAGUCGUGUUGGCCGUUGCCGCCGGAGCACAAUCAUCCUUGAUUGCUGGUUUACCCGGUUUAGGACUUGGACCACUUGGUCUAGGAGUCCAUGGUUUGGGAGUGCAUGGAUUGGGAGUGCAUGGAUUGGGAGUGCAUGGUCUUGGUUUGGGAGUGCAUGGUCUUGGCUUGGGAGUUCCCGGAAUCGGCUUGAGUCAUGGAUUGUUGGGUGCUCCAGCUGCUAUCAACAUUGCCGGUUUGUCACAUGGAAUCCCCGCUGCGCAUAUUCCAGCCGCUGUAAACAUUGCCACCGGUCAUUUGGGUAUUUCACAUGCUGCCCAAGCUACCCUUGCUGGUCCACAUGGUGCCACUUAUGUCGCUAAGACUCGUGGUGCUGUGCAUACAGCUCCAUUGGCUGGUCAUAUCCAAUCGGCUGCAUCUAUCAAUGUUGCUCCAGCUCCAGGUACCUGGUAAAUUCUUUUUUGAAUUUACGACCCAAAGAGACUACUCCAUCAACUGUUUACAUUUGUUAGUAUUAUACUCACUUAUACAUAUAUACAAAUACUCUGAAAUGACAAAGAAGUUAACUUCACAAUGACCCACCCAUAAAAAAAACUUUUAAUUGUAGUUUGCAUAGUUCAAUGAAAGAUUGAUUCAAUAAUUUAAAUAAAAAUAUGAUUUUUAUUAAUUGAAAA